AUGGCCUCCAUUGGCGAGCACACCGUGGCCCUGCUUGCCCGCCUUCCCGCCGAGGCAGCGGAGGCGUACACCACCGACGGGUCCCUUGAUUUCGACGGGAACCCGGCUCUGAAGAAUCGCACAGGUGGAUGGCGUGCGUGCCGCUCAGUUCUUGGUACCGAGUUCUGCUACUGCCUGGCGUUCUUCGGCAUCUCCUGCAACCUCGUCACGUACCUCACCGGCGUCCUGGGCCAGAGCAACGUCGCCGCGGCGAGGAACGUGUCCACCUGGCAGGCCACCUGCUUCCUCAUGCCCCUCGGCGGCGCUGUCGUGGCCGACUCCUACUGCGGAAGGUACCACACCAUGGUCGUAUCCUGCUUCAUCGGCGUCGCAGGCAUGCUGAUGACAGCAUUCUCGGCGUACCUCCCGCUGCUCGUCAAGAACGGCCUCACCUCGUCGGACAUGGUUACGGUUCAGGGGUUCGUCUUGUUUGUCGGCCUAUACAUGAUUGCCAUUGGAUUGGGCGGCCUCCGGCCGUGCCUCAUGUCCUUCGGCGCCGACCAGUUCGACGACGGCGAUCUGUCGGAGCGCGCCACCAAGGGCUCCUUCUUCAACUGGUACGUGUUCAACAUGAACUGCGCAUCGCUCAUAUCAAGCACGGGCAUCGUGUGGGUGCAGGAUCAUUAUGGCUGGGCACUGGGCCUGACCAUCCCAGCGCUCGUCCUGGCCGCCGGCCUAUCUUGCCUGGUUGCGGCGUCGCGGACGUACAGAUUUCAGCGAACCCGUGGCAGCCCGCUCACCAGAGUGUGCCAGGUCGUCGUCGCUGCCGUGAGGAAGUUCAGCGUCGACACGCCGGCUGAUAGCUCUCUGCUCUACGACAUGCGGGAGGACGACCUCGCCGGAGUUCCGAGGAUCCAGCACACCACUGAUCUCCGAUUCUUCGACAAGGCUGCCAUUGUCGUGGCUUCCGACAAGGAGGUGGAGGCGGCAGCAGCGCCAGCGCGGACCAGCCCGUGGAGACUCUGCGUCGUGACACAGGUCGAGGAGUUCAAGAUUCUCGUGCGGAUGCUGCCGCUCUGGGCGACCGUCGUGUUCUUCUAUGCCGUGUCGGCGCAGAUCACGUCGACGUUCGUCGAGCAAGGCAUGGCGAUGGACGCCACCGUCGGCUCCGUGCGCGUCCCGCCGGCAUCCAUGUCCACCUUCGAUAUACUCACCAUCAUCCUCCUGGUCCCGCUCUACGACCGGGCUUUCGUUCCGACUGCCAGGAGGCUCACCGGGAGCGAGAAGGGCAUCUCGGAGCUGCAGAGGAUCGGUGCCGGACUCGCCAUGCCCGUGCUCGCCAUGUCCGCCGCGGCGCUCUUAGAGACGGCGCGCCUCCGUGCGGCGCCAAACUCGACGAGCGUGCUGUGGCAGGCGCCGCAGUACGCGCUGGUGGGAGUGGGCGAGGUGCUCACCACCAUCGGGCAGCUCGACUUCUUCUACGGCCAGGCGCCGGCCGCGAUGAAGACCGUGUGCACGGCGCUUGGGCUCCUCGCGAUAGCGGCUGGCGGCUACCUGAGCUCGUUCCUACUGACGGCCGUGCAGUGGGCGACGGCGACUGGCGGCGCGCCGGGGUGGAUCCCCGACGACCUGAACGAGGGACACCUGGACCGCUUCUUCUGGAUGAUGGCUGGACUUGGUUGUUUGAAUCUGAUGGCGUUUGGGAGCUGCGCCAGGAGGUACAAAUCCAGGAAGAGUUGCUGA